AUGGCAACAGAGAAGAUCACUCUUAAUUUUUGGGUUCCCGCGGUGAUGAAAGGCGUUUCAGCACCAUACACUUGGGUUCAGACCAUAGUCCAACAGGCAAUUGAUACUGAGCCUUCGGUGAAUUUAAUUUCUAUGCCAGCCAGCUAUGAACCCACUUGGGUGCAUAGGCUGGUCAAAGAUCUCAAUGGAUUCUACUCCAGCGAUACACACCAUGGCAAGGUCAUACCCUUCUCUUCCCACAACUACCUGCCUCAUCUAGAAGAGGCUGUAACAUAUGAUCACAAAGUCAGACACAUGACGUAUGAUGUGAACAUUCAAAGGGAGCAACUAGCGACUGCAGCUGUGGAUAUAAUUCGUGCAUGGCUGCAAUUUCCGGUGACCCCAAAAGCAAUUGCUCGGUGGAUGUUCAUUGCUACCAUUAGGAAGGCUAUUGACCGACACUCCAUUUUUUUGCUGGAGCCUGUUUGGACUGCAUUUCAAAGCCCACUUCUCGCGUUGGAGGGCAACAAUGAAGGAUACAAUAAUCAUACUGAAAAGCAUCCAAUAUGGUCAGAAUUUGAACUUCGUUUGAAACAGCAUCCACUAGGAACCCCACAUUCCUGGCUCUCAGAGAAGUUGGACUUUCUGCAUGGAGUUGUUAUGGAUUGGUUUUCCGAGAGCCAGAUUGAUACCAAGGCUAUCGAGAAGGCACAACUCAGAUUUACCCAGGCGCGAUCUGAAAUAAAACUCAUAGAAGCCAAGAAGUCAACCAAGUCCAAAAAAUCAAACGUGGACAUCAUAUCUCUUCCCCAGUCCAAAGAUAAUAGAAGAAUGAUAUUUGUUGACUUUCUGAGACGAGGAAUGCCCCUGCUCAGGGAUGGAGUCUCUGCACACGUGAAGAGUUCUGACAAGUUCCUCUGA